UGCAGAUCGAUGUUCGCUGUUUGUUGGUACCUGAGGACUGAAGCCUACCUGUGGAUCCAUCAUGGGGAUCUCUGCGUCCAGUCUGCUGGAUGAGACCAAAUCCGCCUACAUCAAAGGCCAGGCCGAGGCUGAGCUGAAGGAGUUCAGUCCGUACUACAGGAAGCAGUUCUCUGUGGCUCGUUUCUCUCAGGUGGAAGAUGAUCUGGAGCAGAACAAAGAGAAGAGCACACAGCUGCUCAAACAAAGGGAGUGUCAAGAGACAGGCGCUGUGCUGUAUGAAGAACUCAUCCUAUUUUUUGAUGAAACCAGGAAGUGGAAGGAGCGAUACGUGGUGGUGAGAGCGAACUACUGCCUGGAGUGUCAUGACAGCCUAGAGACAUUUGUUAAAGGAAGUCCACCGCGGCAGACGCUGCUGCCUACAGGGGGCACUGUUUUCACCACAGAGGAGAUGUACAUGGCCAUGGUGGACAAAUGCUUCCCUGAUGAUACCAAUGUGAAGGAAGACUUUGCUCCUCCUCUGUCGGGGAUGCCGGGUCAGUUUCCCGUCUACCUCCGUCUGCCGUACCGCAGAGACUCGUACUUCUGCUUCAAACAGCAGGCCAAGCAGGCCGCCUUCAUCUCCAUCCUGUCUGACUGUAUCAGACACCAGAACCAAGACUUCCUGAAGAAGACGACGUGUGAGGUGCAGGCGUUCCUCAAAGCCAUCCAGCUCUACAGGCAGGAUAAAGGACAGUAUGAGGCCUGGGACAUGCUGAUUGGAAGUGAUGCCCGGGUGAUGGCUAACCUGGUGAUGGAGAAGCUGCUGCCCACUCUGGAGAAAGACACGCUGCCUCGUCUCAAAGCCAAGAAGGGGGAGAAGAAGAGAGUUUGGUUCGCUACGGUGGAGGCGGCCUACAUCCUGAUCCAGGAGCAUCUUCUGGAGGGACUUUCCAAGCUGAAGGAGGACUGUCGUUUGUCGGUCCGACAGCAGGAGGUUCUGAUCCACUCGGACAUGGACCAGAUCCGCGAGUCCAGACGGCAGCUGGAGGAGAAAGUCAGAGCCAAAGUGUCGGAGCCGGCGGAGAAGCUGAGCUCGGAGUCGGUGCAGCCGUACCUGGGCUCGGUCCUGGAGGAGCUGAUGGAGCCGAUCAGCUCGGGCUUCCAGGACGGCCGUCAGCUGAUCGAAAACAACAUGGACCAGGUGUGUCAGGAGGUGAACGUAGACAACGAGCAAGUGAAGAAGUCUUUAGCCGCCAUGGCGAGGCCGGACCUGCUGAGCUGUUACCAGAAGAUCGGCUCUCUGCAGGAGAAACUGAAGAAGCUUCAGGAAAGGUUUGGUUUCACAAACGUCACCGGGCUGAUCCACAGCGCUCAGAUCGACCUGCAGCAGCUGAUAGAGAAUGCAGCGUUCACCUUCGAGCAGCUGUUCUACAAAGCCGUCCAGGACAACCCUGAAAACCCCUGCUCUGCCAUCGAGAAGGCCAAACACCGAGUCCUGAAGCAAUAUGAUUAUGACAGCAGCACGGCGAGGAAGAACUUCUCCAGAGAGGCUCUCACCUCCAUCACUCUGCCCUUCAUCAAGAAGAACCUGGCCUCCACCUGCAAAGCCGAGCUUCAGGGUCUCGAUAAGGACAUCAACGACGAGUACUCUGAUUACAUCCAUAAAGACAACGUGUUCGAUGGCAUCCUCAUGGAAAUCCUGGACAAAGACAUCACCAAAGUGGUGAACGAGGCGGCGUGCCUCAAAAAGUACAACCUGAUCAAUGACAGCAGAGACCUGAUCAGUCAGUCCAGCCGCUCCAGCCUGUCCUCCAUGCCAGGAAGCCCCUCCCCGGCUAAGACCUCGCCCGAGCCCAUUCCCCAGUCUCCUCUGGCGGUGAACGGCUUGUCCUCUGGGCCUGAGAAGGAGGAGCAGGAGGCGAAGAGGACGGAUACGCUCCUACAGUGCAAGGAUGUGACGGUCGUUGAGACGCCUCUGGGGAAGGUAGAACAGAGCGCCGCCGUCACCCUGACACAGGCCGAAGUCAUCACGCAUGAAGUCAAGGAUGUCGCUAAAACCGUGACGGAGGGAGAGGAUGCUCCAGCUGUGGCGGCAACAGUCAAAGAAGCAAAAGUAGCAGAGACAGUCGUACAAGAAGUGAUUUCUGUCGUAGUGGAGAAAGUUGAGCCUCAAACGCAGAGAACAGACGCUCUGACGGAAGCAGAGAUCCCUCCAUCAGAUAUCCCACCACCAGAGAUCCCUCCAUCAGAGAUCCCACCACCAGAGAUCCCUCCAUCAGAGAUCCCUCAACCAGAGAUCCCAGCACCAGAGAUCCCUCCAUCAGAGAUCCCUCAACCAGAGAUCCCAGCACCAGAGAUCCCUCCAUCAGAGAUCCCUCAACCAGAGAUCCCAGCACCAGAGAUCCCUCCAUCAGAGAUCCCACCACCAGAGAUCCCUCCAUCAGAGAUCCCACCACCAGAGAUCCCUCCAUCAGAGAUCCCAGCACCAGAGAUCCCUCAACCAGAGAUCCCAGCACCAGAGAUCCCUCCACCAGAGAUCCCAGCACCAGAGAUCCCUCCAUCAGAGAUCCCACCACCAGAGAUCCCUCCAUCAGAGAUCCCUCCGCCAGAGAUCCCUGCUGUUAUAGAAAGCAUAAAAACAGUCGUAGAGAAGUCAGUGGAGCAGGUAGAAGCACCUACAAACAAAGCAGUGAUUGCUCCAGGAGAGGGUUCAGUUUCAGUGCCUGUGGCCAUCAGUGGUGAGGAGAAGCUCUCUGCCGGCUCAGACAUCAAGGUAGUGGCUCCAUCUAGUGGUGAAACACCUGCAGAUGCACCUGCAGUGACACCUGCAGACGUUUGCGAAGACUUGAAGAGACAGGAAGCAGAACCCACUGCAGCAUCAGACCCCAACUCUCUGGAUGUCUCUGUGGGGAGUGAGUCCGCUCCAUCAGAUGUUGAGUCAACAGAGGAGGUCAAAGCGACCCCAAGCAGCGAGGACGAAGUCUCAACGACCUCCGACGUCCUUGAAGACGUGACGAGCAAAUCACCCACGAGCUCGGAUGAACCCCCUGAGGAGAAAUCUCCCAGUGACGAGCCAUCUCCUCAGGCGCAGACGGAACCUGCAAGCGUCGUCGUGAGCGCUGACAUCGAGGCGGGAGCGAGCGUGAGCGUGGAGUCCCCGGCGGAGGCGGCGGCUGCAGAUGUUAAAGAGGACACGCCCUCCAGUCCUGAAGCACCGCCCCCGGACUCUGUGAAGGCGAUCCGAGACCUGGUGGUGGAGGUGAUCGAGGUGGAGGAGCUGCUGCAGCGUUACCCGAGUGGAGUCCCGAAAGAAGAUUGAGACGGCGAGGGAAUAUUUCAGGACAAUCAGAGGAGCGAGGUUACGACCAGAAAAAGACGGUAGCUUCCAUCAAUCAUCCUUAAUUUAAAAAAAAACAAGAAAAGACUGAUCCAGAAAAGCUUCCAUGAACUUUUGAAACAUAUAUGCAUGAAAAUAUGGUGAAUUAUUUAUAUGAAGCAUUUAUAGAAAUCUAUAUAUCGGCUGUCCAGUAGAAAACCAACACAUCUGUUUCAUAUGUUUUUUUUUUUAACACUAAAAUGAUUUUAACACCAAAAUUGUUUUGCAAAAUCUUGAUUUGGAACACUAUUUUAUUUUGAUUGUGAAUACUUUUGCUAUUUUUUAAUGGUAUCAUUAUUACGGAGUCAUUAUUGUUGCAAAAAUUGAGAACAUAUUUGGUAAAUUUUAGUUCCCUUUGCUCUUAAAUUUUUAGCCGCUUACUUCAUUUUCCUGCAGAACAAAUUCCAUGGCUUAAACAUCCUCCUCCAGUUACUUGGAUUGCUUUGGCUUGUUUGUAAAACGGACACUCUAAUUUUCCCUGUGGCGUACGGAACUUUCUUCACCCACAAAAACCUUUUUCUGCUCUUGUAUUUUCUGAUUAUGGAGGCCAUGAGGUGGCAUAAAUGUGUUUGUUAUUUUUAAGACGUGCGAGCAAUUUAGUAUCUGGCGUGUGCGUUUAAUUCGUUUCUCCUGACCCAGCGCUAGCUCCAGCCCUUUAGAAGCUGCACCGCGGGAUAAAGACUAACACAGAUUGAUUAACGUUAACGAAACACAAUGAAAAAGAAUGUUUGAAAUUCAGAUAAACUGCACAUGCAUUUUAGUCGCAUCUCAAGUGCAAUUUAUCUGGAUCUCACAUGUUUUCUUUGCAUUUCGUUAACGUAGUUUAUCUGUAUUUUAGUGUUUUAUUCCCGUUCCCCUCAACGCCAUGAGCAAUCUGGGGCGGAUCAAGUGUUUGUUCAACUACGUCACCUCCGCUUUACCAAAGCAGGAAGGAACAGUUAGACUGCUUAGCUCUGGAAAAUACUGCUCACUGAAUAAAUAUAUGGAUGUAUAUUUAUAAUGCAUAUUAAUCCUCUAGUUUCUUCUAUUUUUGUGACAGAAACAUGCAAAAUUGAUAGCAAUACUGUUUGCUUAGAUGCUAAAGCUAGGCCAGGGGCGUCAAACUCAGUCACAGCAGGGGGUGGAUUCUGGAUUCAGGUCUAACCUGAAGGCCUAACAGGGUCAGCAUUAAACCACAACAUGUCAACCUCACUUUCACCAGAAAUGACUUAUGGGGGACAAAAUACUUAGAACUGAUGAUGUUGAUAUUGAAAAAGUCCACAUGAUAAGUCCAAAGUAGGGCUGGGUAUUGUUAAGAACCUCACGAUUCAGUUCGAUUUCGAUUCUUUAGGUUGCAGUUUGAUUUGAUAUUGAUUUAAAUGCUUCAAUGUCGAUUCAGUAAGAAGCAGAAAUAC